AUGGCGACCCCCGUAGAGGCAGUGGGCAGCGGGGCUUUGGAGACAUGCAGUCUGGACCAGAUUCUGGAAGCGUUGAAGCUGCUGCUGAGCCCGGGAGGAUCAGGCUCAAGUUCACUACAAAACACAAAACAUAAUGUCUUAUUGGCUACUUUAAAAUCUAAUCUGUCUGCCUUGGAGGACAAGUUUCUGAAGGAUGCUCAGUGGAAGAAACUGAAACUCAUACGAGAUGAAAUUGCUGAGGAAGCAGAAUGGCCACAGAACUCCGUGGACAUCACUUGGAGUUUCACCUCUCAAACCUUGUUGCUGCUGUUGUGCUUGAAGGAAACCAUGAUCCGCCUAGCAGCUGAUUUCCAUCCAGGUAAACCCAACCCUAGGACUCCAGAAGUUGCUCCUGCCCUCAGCCCUGACACACUCAGUAUAUCACAGCAGAAGACUGUCCAGUCUGUUUUGCAAUUUGUGGUUACUUUGGGUGUGUGCCCCUACCUUGUACCUGGUGUCGGAGUCCCUUUGAGAUCCAGGACUGAAUUUGGUGCUGUUGUUCAUGAUGUUGUGUGGCCUGAUGCUGCUCAUGCAACCCGGAGACUGUACACCAGCUGCAUGGUCCUCCUAAAUGUUGCUCGGCAUGCAUCCUUGGGAAGCUUGAUUUUCUGCCCGCCACUUGGGACAUUUGCAGCAGGUCUGUGCCAACUGGGAUUCUGCCCAACCAAAAGAAAACCACCAACACCUGUGGAAGAGGUUUUAACUGAAGAGGAACGAACCCUGGCCAGGGGGGCCUUGAGAGACCUAUUGGAUCAAGUAUAUCAACCAUUAGCAGUCCGUGAAUUACUUAUCCUGCAGGGAGGACCUCCCCAGUCCUGCACAGAUGUGAAGACACACCUGAGGUGUCAGGCCCCAGCCUGGCUUCGGUGUCUAUGUGGGCAACUGCUCUCUGAGAGGUUAAUGAGGCCCAGUGGUGUUCAGGCAGUAGUCCGGGGCAUUUUGGAAGGAGCAGGUGCGGGGGCAGCUGGUGGGAGUGAUGCUGAGGCAACAGCUGCUGACUGGAAGAAGUGUGAUUUAAUUGCAAAGAUUUUGGCCUCUUGUCCCCAGCAGUCUCUUUCUCCAGAGAGUUACUACAAAGACAUCUGCCCUCAGAUUCUAGAUUUAUUUCAUUUUCAAGAUAAAUUGACUGCACGACAGUUCCAGAGAGUUGCCACCACUACGUUCAUAACUAUAUCGAGAGAACACCCACAACUGGCAGCCAAGUAUUUGCUUCAGCCAGUGUUAGCUCCUCUUCACCGGUGCUUGAACACUACAGAGAUUCCAGAGAGUGACAUGGUGCCAGCCAUUUUGGUGACAGAAGAAGAACUUAAUAGAUGUGUUGAAGAUGUGUUUAAGGUGUACGUGGUGGGGAAUGAACCUCUCACAGUGUUGUUGGAUUCCCUGAUUCCAGUCCUGAGAGUGCUGUUUUCUCUCUACUGUUUUACCAAGCAGAGUGUGUCUCACCUAAGGUCAUUUUGCCAAGAGAUCUUAUUAUGGAUCCUGGGGAAGCUGGAAAGGAAGAAGGCAAUUGCCAGCCUGGAAGGAUUCGCAGGAUUGGACAAAACUGUGCCCUCUCUCCAUCCUCAGUGCCAGUUCAGAGCUGCUACCCAAGGUGGCAUUAUGAUUGCCAUCAAAGAAGCCACUAAUGUUGAGGAUGAGGAUGAAGCCCUGUACCAGAAGGUGUCCUUGGAACAGAGUCAAGUGGAGCAUCUUGGAGACCUGCUAUCCCAUUGCCAGGAGUGUGGUUUGGCAGGAGACUUCUUCAUCUUUUGUUUGAAGGAGUUGAUUCAUCUGGCUGUGGAAAAUGAAGCAGACUUAAAACCUAAGCCCUUCUCCAGCACAAGCCUCUUGGAAUUAGAGCAACACCAAGCUCUUCUUGUGGAAGGCCAAGAGCAAAAGCUGCUGGUCUUGCAGUUGCUGGCUGUUCUGUGCGAGAGAAUGUCUGAGCAGAUUUUCACAAACAUCACCCAGGUAGUGGACUUUGUAGCAGCAACACUGCAGAGAGCAUGUGCAAGCCUGGCACAUGAGGCAGAGAGCACUGUGGAAUCACAGACACUGAGCAUGUCCAUGGGACUGGUGGCUGUCAUGCUAGGAGGAGCUGUUCAGUUGAAGUCAAGUGACUUCACAGUCUUGAAGCAGUUACUGCCGCUGUUGGAGAAGGUGUCCAGCACAUACCCUGACCCUGUCAUCCAGGAGCUUGCAGCUGAUCUGCGCAUUACCAUCUCCACCCAUGGAGCCUUUGCCACCGAGGCUGUCAGUGUGGCUGCCCAAAGUACCCUUCACAGAAAAGACCCAGAAGAGAAAAUAGAAGAGCAGCAGCAAACCAGUCAUGACACACUCAUGGAGGUACCGAGGAGCCACCUCGAGCAACAGCAAAGCCAUGAGAAAUCCUCCCAAACAGGCCAGGAGUCUAACACUCCAUCCAUUCCUAAGAGGGUCAGUGAGCCCAGCAUUACUACAAACCAGAAAUCUGGAAGUGUAACCACAGAACAACUCCAAGAGGUUCUUUUGUCAGUGUAUGAUCCUCAAAUUCCAACUCGGGCUGCUGCCCUUCGGACUCUUUCCCACUGGAUAGAGCAAAGAGAAGCAAAAGCUCUUGAGAAGCAAGAGAAACUUCUCCAGAUAUUCUUGGAGAACUUGGAGCAUGAAGACACUUUUGUAUAUCUGUCUGCAAUUCAGGGGGUUGCCCUGCUCUCAGAUGUGUACCCUGAGAAAAUCUUGGUUGACCUGUUGGCCCAGUAUGACAGUGGCAAAGACAAGCGCACUCCAGAGACCAGGAUGAAAGUCGGGGAAGUCCUGAUGCGAAUUGUCAGGGCAUUAGGGGACAUGGUCUCAAAGUACCGAGAACCUUUGAUCCACACCUUCCUGAGAGGAGCCAGAGAUCCAGAUGGUGUUCAUAGGGCCAGCAGCUUAGUCAACCUGGGAGAACUGUGCCAGCGCCUGGACUUCCUACUAGGGCCAGUGGUUCAUGAGGUGACAGCUUGCCUGAUUGCUGUGGCUAAAACAGACCCUGAAGUUCAAGUGCGCAGAGCUGCCAUUCAUGUGAUUGUGCUAUUGCUUCGGGGCCUCAGCCAGAAAGCUACUGAGGUGCUGAAGGACGUCCUCAAGGAUCUCUACCACCUGCUGAAGCACGUGGUGCGUUUGGAGCCCGAUGACGUGGCCAGGCUCCAUGCCCAGCUGGCCCUGGAGGAGCUGGAUGAGAUCAUGAGAAACUUCCUGUUCCCUCCGCAGAAGCUGGAGAAGAAGAUUGUGGUCCUGCCAUAGAUUUGGCUCCAAAGACGUGGAGGCAGGGAAGGACCAAGCAACCAGAACAAUGCUCAUGCUUUCCAGCAGGUGGCCUACUGCCUCUCUGGUGUUGGCAAUAUGGCAGACCCUGAGGCCUCACGACACUGAUCACUUGGUUUUUCAGGCCGACCUUCAAAAGCAUCAAUCUAGCCACCAC